AUGGACGGUAAGUAAACAAGAACAAAUUUCAACAUCUGGACUGUAAUGUUGUAAUACGUUAAAGCUCCUGUGAGUAGUUUUUUUCGAAGCAUUAAACAGACUGAAUUAAAUAUGGAUGCAUCUCUCUGACUAAGUGAAGCUAACAAAACAAUCAGAGAGAAAAAAUGACGAUCUCUAUGCAGGUAUUUUUAAUGCCUGUCAUUGUAGGUGUCAAACAGGGAUUCAUAAAACCUGCAAUUUUCCUCAGUUUCAAUAGUUUUCUGUAUCUUUUUACCUUUACACUAAUCAGUUUGUCUGAAUUUAAAUUCCCAUGUAAAUGACCGGGACAUUCGAAACAUCCCUACUUGUGGACAAAACAGUAUUGUCUGCUAUUGUUGGUCAUGAAUAGAAAAUUGUAUGAAUUCUGAUCUGUUUUAAAACUAGCCCACAAGUCUUUGUCCUUAUAAUUGGGGUGAUAUUAGUCAUGCUUUGAAUUAGCUCGCGAUCCCAAGCCAAUGGGUGGGUUUCAAACUCAAUGACAGUUUUUUUAAGUUACUGAAAUGAAGUUGUUCUGUUUCAGCAUCCACUACAAAGAGAGUCCUCCUCUUGGGGAAAACUGGAGUUGGAAAGAGCAGCCUGGCUAAUACCAUAUUUGGUGAAACCAUUUUCCAAAUAAACCACCUCAGUGGCUCGAAAAAUCAUUCCACUCAAGCAGAAACCAAAUCAAUCCAUGGAAGAAGCCUCACUCUGAUCGACGCUCCUAGUUUCUUCGAUGCAGGAAGCUCUAAGGAGGUGAUGAAGCCUGAAAUAGUGAGGUGUACCACAGAGUGCGCUCCUGGACCCCAUGUUUUUCUCAUCGUGCUCAAAGUGGAGAAAUUCACCGAGCAGGAGCGAGCUGUCAUCACCAACAUACUCGACUUUUUCUCUGAAGAUGCUCUGAAAUAUGCAGCAGUUGUUUUCACUCAUGGUGAUCAGCUCCCAGAGGGGGUGAAAAUCGAGGAGUAUGUCAGUCAAAGUGAGGGUCUGAGUGAUCUGGUGAAGAAGUGCGGAGGCCGGUGCCAUGUUGUCGACAAUAAGUACUGGAAAACUGACGAAGACGACUACAGAAGUAACCAAUUCCAAGUGGCAGAACUUGUCAAAACCAUUGACAACAUUGUGGUGGACAACGAGGAAGGCUUCUACACCAAUGCCAUGCUACAGGAAGUCGAGAAAGCGAUACAGAAAGAAGAAGAGCGUAUCAAGCGGUCAUCAGGGAACAUGUCACAAGACGAGAUCAGGAAGCAGGCGGUGGGCAACGUCUUCAAGAUGAUGACGGAUAAUUCACCAAGAAGAUGGAUGAAAGGUUUAGCAGCUCUCGCAGUCAUUGCAGGAAUACUAGCAGCUUUAGCGCACAUAUUGAUUGAUUCGAAUGUUGGGAAGGCGAUAACAGAAGCAACACUUAUUGAACAAAUUGUAACGCCAAUAGCAACAGUGGUCGAAGAAAUAACUGAGAAAGUUCCAGAAGUGUCCGAGUCAGUCGGUGGAAUCGUAGAGACAGUCACGGAUGUUAUUCAACCCACAGUGGAAACACCACCGACAUUAGAUUUCUUUGAUAUAUGCAGUGAUUUGUUUGAAAGAAUAUACGAUCCUUGGAACCCAUUUGAAUAA